UUUAAAGAAAUAGAGCAUUUGCAAUGAUAAUUAUUGCGCGAAGGUUUUGUAAGAAAAUUUUGGAUUUUUUUUUUAAAUUGAAAUGGUACGAGACUUAUUUAAUUUCUUAUCAUUAUUGAUCACGGUAAACACGAGCAAAUAUUCUCGAUAGUUAGACGUUUUAUUAGCAUAGUUAGACAGGUAUCUGAGAAUCUUAUCAGCGAUUAUAUCGAUCAACCUUGAUUAGAAAAUGAGUGAUAUAUAAUAGGAAAAAUACUGAAGAUAACGGAACUAGUAAUUUUAAUCGCAUUCAACCCUGAUAUAAAUUCGAGUAAAUAAUUCGCGAAGGGAUAUUAAAAUAUUCAGUAUAAUCUUCCCGUACCGAAAAAAUCACAAUUCAAAUCUAGAAAUUUGGUUUCACUUAAUUUUUCGACCUUUGGCAAACCUAAUCGAAAUGUAUUUACUACUCGACAUCUUCUCUGCACGCCACUAGAGGGCUACGAACUACGUCUAUCAUUACAAAUCGAUUACUUUUUCCAGCGAAAAAUCAUUUAAAAUAUUCAUAUAAAAUGUCUCUCAAAAUAAAUCUAUUAUUUGACGAAACUAACAAAUGCAAGCCUACGCGCAAUGUAAUCUGUACCGUUCCCCCAAUCUCUCUUCUCAAUCAUCGUACCUAACGUCAUAACAAUAUGUAUAUAUAUAUGACAUAUACAUGCUUGGCGAUAACAACACCACCUGGUGGUAGCUGACAGGAAACAAAACACGUCAAAGCAGCAAAGUUUCGCUGUCGCAGCGACAGUAAGGUAUAGCACCGUGAUACGGGAACGAACAAUGAGAAAUUAUGCAGAAACGGGCGAUUACGCGAGAAACGGCCACACGGCGCGUGCAUAGCGAGAAAUAAUCGUGGACCAGGAUCGGACGGUGCGUUAAGAUGAUUAGUGGCAUUCAAAUCGCGUUGAAGAAUGCCAUUGAUGUGAGCAUUGUAAACAGCAUAGCACCGCCUGCCACGCCGCUGCAAGAUUUCACCUACCAUUGGAAACAGCUUAUGAACUUUUAUGUGAAUCACCUGACAGAUUGCAAAGUGCCCAUACAGUCCACCGGCAUACCACGACAUUUAGACAGAUUACUGGAAAUACUGUUAGAAGAGGAGAAGGAAGAAAAUGAACCAGGACCAUGCCUCGAAUACCUGUUGCAGCACAAGCUACUGGACCUGCUGGCUACGCUGGCCAGUGCGGAAACUCCACCCGGAAUGAGAACCAUUUGCCUGUCUUUUUUAAGAAAAUUGCUGGGUAGAUCUAAGUACCCAUUGCUGCAUCACACGUCGAUUUAUGGACCAGUGCAACGAUUGAUCGCUCUGUGCAAUGGAAACCCACCAUCGCCUAUGGAAGCUGAGGAGGUCCAGUUUCUUCUCACGCUUUGCUUCCUAGUUUGCAAGUACCCUCACGUGACCAAUAUAAUAAACGAUGCACCGACUGUUCAGAGGCAUAACGCCUCUACCAGAAGGAAUUCCGAAAGGAUGGAAGUGGAAAAAGUUACCUACGUCCCAAACAGAAGAAAAAAUAACUUUAAUCCCUUAUUUGAACCACUGGACACUCAGGCGGUCACGUUGAUAAAUCCCAAUUUGUUUAGCUCGGAAAAUGGUAGGAGACGGUCUGUUAGUCUCCACAGAUCGUCCAGUAAGAAUGGAACGAGGGGAUCAUCUAGUCAAUCGAACGGGUCGAUAUCUUCCAGGGAAGUGGAGAAUGCCUCGCAAUCUUCUAGUCCGGUAAUCGAAAAACCGAUUUGCGAUGAGAAUUCGGGUGUCACGGUACAAUCUUCUGACUCUCAGGACUGCGACAUCUCUCAAAAAGGAGAAAACGUCGUUCUGAUGAACGAGAUAGAUACGCAUUUGCAGAAUCUCCAGGAUUUACGAUUGGACGUCGAGUACGGGGCUGCUUUCGAGGAGUCUAAUUGCGCAGAAGGAGAUCAGAAUCUUCUGAGACCGGACACGCCACAGAAAUCAAAAUGCCUUCUAUUAGAUGCCUUGUUGAGUUACAUAAAUAGCGCGGAUAAUACCGUCAGGAUAAGAGCCUGCGAAGGAAUAAUGGUCCUUGCAUCCUUGGAGGAUCCAUCGUUCGCACAAAUGGUAGCAAACAGUGACUUAGCAACCCUGAUACCAAAUAGAUUAGAGAACCUGUUCAACGCCAUCCCAGCGCAUGUCGAUCCAACAGAGAUCGACGGCGUGGACGUUACUUGGGGUUUAGAUUCGCCAAUGUGGACAAAGGAGAAAAAAUUUUCUGGCUGCAGACAGGUCGCCGCGUUUUUCAUGUGGUUUGAUUACUGCAAUCAACUGAUAAGGGAAGCGCAUCCAGAUGUGGCAAACGCAUUGGCGAAGAACAUUAAAGUGAAUUUCUUAGAGAAAAUCGUGACACCAGCCCUGGCUGAACAUCAUGUUGUUCUUAUCACGGCGUUGAUUACGAAAUGUUUGAAGGAAUUAACAUCUAGCGCCUUAUGUACAGAAGUAAGUUACUGGCUCGUGGGUCACGACAGAGGCCCAGAGAUACCAAACGUAUGGACGUCACCUGUACUACACAGGCUGAUAGACAACUGCUUCACGGACAGUGACGAUUUAACGCUGGAAACAUUAAAGCUGUUCGAGGAAAUGAUAGAGAAACGAAACGAACAUAUACUGCACUGUCUCGUAUUAGUAUAUUUGUCAACACGGGGCUAUUACGACAACACCGCAGCGGAUAGUGCAAUUGCAUCCUGGAGCGACGAGGAGGACGAAAGAGAAAGAGAAAAGAAGAAGGGUUCGCUAGACCUCUCCUACGAGCAAAGUCAUAGUCGAACAUUAGCACCUAGUAAUAUUCAUAGAAUUGUAAAUUGUUUCCUGUCCCUGAUUCCUCGUUAUCUACAAACAGACACGGACGUGAACAAUUACGAACGGUAUAUGGCUGACUUGGAAAGGCAGUAUUCUACUGUGCUGACAGACUGCUCGCUGAUGGCCUGGCCGCUAGAGGCAGUAACCGUGGAUGAUUCGGCGAGUUCCGAUUCCAGACCGGAAGCAGAUCAUUGUUCCGUAAGAUUUUACAUGGGGCCGUUCAUGACGAUGCUUUUUGAGAAAGUGGCGAGUAUUCCAAGGCAAAAGUACGAGGUCAAUCUGCAACUGACGGUGGUGAUCUCGAGGCUUGCGCUUUUACCUCAUCCGUACCUGCAUGAAUUUUUACUGAAUCCGUUGCUACCAGUAGCACCCGGCACGAAGAACUUGUUCACCUGCUUGCAAAAAGUUGUCAAGCAGCUGGUGAACGAGGUACCAAAGACGCCCGAUCACAAGCAAAUGCUGACGGAGACACGGGAACGAUUGCUCGAAGAUUGUUCUCACGAAGGAGAGAAGGAGAAUAUCCUGUUCGAAAGCGUGAUCGUGACAGAAGAAUUUUGCAAGGAACUGGCUGCGAUAGCAUACGUAAAAUAUCAUCAUUCUAUGUGAUAAUUGUUAUCAAAGAGAACGAUGUAAAUUAUAGAAUUUAAUUACAGUACUAUGGCUGAGUAAAUUUACUUAAUGAUCGAUCGUCAGUCUAGAUACGCUUAAAUAGAAAAUUGUUUUUUGUGAUGAAUUUGUAAAAUAUACGUACAUACUUUAUCUUAAGUAUAGCUACUAUUAUAUUAAUGUUAAUGUUUACAAUCACUUAUUUGCACAAUUCGAUUUGUGACUCUAAUAAAGAAACUACUGAAAAGUCA